AUGGAGGACAAGGCGUCGUUAAAGGAACUGGAUCAAUGGAUAGAACAGCUAAACGAAUGCAAGCAAUUGACAGAAAACCAAGUGAAAACGUUAUGCGAUAAGGCAAAGGAGAUCCUCACCAAGGAGUCAAACGUCCAAGAGGUGAAAUGCCCCGUCACCGUCUGCGGCGACGUGCACGGCCAGUUCCACGACCUGAUGGAGCUGUUCCGCAUCGGUGGCCGCUCGCCCGACACCAACUACCUGUUCAUGGGUGAUUACGUGGACCGCGGCUACUACAGCGUGGAGACUGUCACAUUGCUCGUAGCCCUCAAGGUCAGGUACCGCGAGAGAAUAACCAUCCUGCGCGGCAACCACGAGUCGCGUCAGAUCACCCAGGUGUACGGAUUCUACGACGAGUGCCUGCGCAAGUACGGCAACGCGUCCGUUUGGAAGCACUUCACGGACCUGUUCGACUUCCUGCCGCUCACGGCGCUCGUGGACGGCCAGAUAUUCUGCCUGCACGGCGGCCUCAGCCCCUCGAUCGACACGCUCGACCACAUCAGGGCCCUGGACCGCGUGCAGGAGGUGCCCCACGAGGGGCCCAUGUGCGACCUCCUGUGGAGCGAUCCCGACGACAGAGGCGGAUGGGGCAUAUCGCCGCGCGGCGCCGGCUACACCUUCGGCCAGGACAUAUCGGAGACGUUCAACCACAGCAACGGCCUGACUCUGGUCUCGCGCGCCCACCAGCUCGUCAUGGAGGGCUACAACUGGUGCCACGACCGGAACGUGGUCACCAUAUUCUCCGCGCCCAACUACUGCUACAGAUGUGGUAACCAAGCCGCCAUUAUGGAAUUGGAUGAUGCGCUGAAGUACUCAUUCCUGCAGUUCGACCCGGCCCCGAGGCGCGGCGAGCCGCACGUGACGCGGCGGACGCCCGAUUACUUCAUCAGCGGCGGCUCGAAGGCGGCGAGCGAGUGCAGGGUGAGAGCGGGACGGGGCGAGGCCCGGCGGCCGUCCCGCUCGCACGCAGCGCGCGCCUCGCAGCAGCGGGAGCCGCGGAGGGCGCGGCGGCAUCGCGCUCUGAAGCGCGGCUCCCCCUCCCCCUCGCCGCCCCCGCCCCCGCCGCCGCCCCGCACCGCCACCGACCACGUGUUGUACGACCACGCGACGCCGCCCGUCCGGACACCUCGCCUCGCGAAUAACGAUCAAUCGUAUUCACUCCUCGUCGUCUGCCCCUACAUACAGUCGCCGAUCGGCUGCUCUUUCUGGUACAUUUUC